GGUUCGAAUUCUCGUGUUUUAAAUUGUUUGGCGAGAGAACCAACCAUUUUAAAUGUAUCAAGCUUUAAAGAUAAAUCAGGAACUCAAGGUGCAGAACAAACUAAAAAUAUCCAUACAUAUGCUGCAUAUAUUGAAGAGAAAGUGGCAGUAUAUCGAGACUUAAAAAUCGAUUUUGUCAGAGAAAAAUUAGACAAUGGCGAUAGCCGUUUGAGAAAGCUCUCAGUCGAUAAGGGACUUUUACGGGAGGAUUUGCUUACAUUGUUUCAAGCUAUUAAUGAGGGAGUCAUUAAUGUUCUAGAACAUUACAUUGAAAUGUCACGAAUUGAUGCUAAAAACUCUCUGCAAAUUUAUAAAAAAUAUGUCCAGCAGACUGAAAAGGUUGUUGAUUAUCUUAGCAUAGCCAAAAAAAUGCAAGCCGCUCUUAGAAUGAGCGUUCCUAACCUUAAACAUGCUCCUACAUCGCUAACAGCUACUCUAGAAGAGUAUGUCAAUGAUCCGGAAUUCGAGGAAAACAGACGACAGUAUAAACUUUUACAAGAAAAUAAGAAUAAAACUUCAAAACAGGACAAACAAACUAUUGAUAUUAGGAACUCACCUAAAAAUACUGUAAAAAGCGUAGAACCUUCUGUUCCUCCGAUCGUUACCCAAACAUCUUCAAAAGAAAAAGAUUUUAUCGAUUUUUUUUCAAGUAUUGAACAAGAACAAACUUUAAUUUUUGGACCACUUCAAACGUAUUCACCCACUAACACAUUGAAUAGCAGCGUUACCAACCCAUUUAUAGGAAUUCAACAUCAACAUAUAACCGAAUUUUCUUCACAACCUCAGAUAAUUCAAUCACCCUUGACUCCUCAAGAUACUAAUCCGUUUCGAUCUACCAUGUUUGGUCAAGAUAUUUCCUCUAACAGAUCUUCGAUUUUGCCAUCUCAACAAAACCCAUUCCAACCUUCUAUACCUUCUUCGUCUUAUAAUAAUCCAUUUACUUCUAUGAAUAUUGUUCAAGCUCAACAAUUACCUCAGCAAUCUAUGCAAGUAACACCAAUUCAACCUACUUCACAUGUAGAAAUAGAUAGUAAUCCGUUUAGAAGGUCUUCUAUUCUUCCAACUACGUAUAAUCCUUUUCCUCAAUAA